CAAGUCUCUUAAACAAAGUAAAAGUCCCCUUUCACGCCUUUCAAUUAAUGGGAUAAAAUCUAGGACUUUCUCUUUCUCUCUGUAUGUUCAAAUUUUAUCAAGGUUAAUUUGAGCUUUUCUUUUUCUCAAGUUUUUGUUUGUUUGUUUGUUUUUAUUUCAUACCCAGUUUUUUUUUUUUAUCCCUCUUUUUUGUCAAUGAAAACGGCCAGUAUUUCGUAUGUGUUGUCUUUAAUUUCAAUCUUGUUUACGUAUGCUUCAAAAGUUUUCAGUUUUGAGAAAUGCCCAAUUUCCAAGGCUUGGUCUUGGUUCACCUUUCUGACAUCAUUUAAAACAUAUGAAACGUUUUGCUCCUUUGGUUUUUAAGGUGUUUUUAGGAAUCUGGGUUUGAUUUGUUUUUUGAUGUUUUUAAGUAUGGAGAAGGUUGAAGAAGCAAACAAGGCAGCUAUUGAGAGUAGUAAUAGAGUUCUUAGUCUCUUGUCUUUACCAAAGGAUCAACUUCAGUACAGCAACUUAAUGAUGAAAACUAGUGAAGCUGUGUUUAAGUUCAAAAAAGUUGUGUCUCUUCUCAACAAUGAUUUGACUCAUUCAAGGGUAAGAAAAUCCAAGAUGUUUAGAUCAAUUUCGCCUCAAAAAAUUUUCCUAGAAAGUCCCAAUUGUAGAACAAUUUUAUCACCAAAACCUCUUCAAGUAUACCCUUCUAACCUGUUCCAAAAACCACCCCUUGAAGUUAAACCAUCACAAAAUUUCAGCUUUGGUCAUCAUCAGCAGCAGCAGCAACAGAUGCAGCAAAGGCUGCAAUUUCAACAACAACAACAACAAAUGAAAUAUCAUGCAGAUAUGGUGUUUGGUAAGAGUAACAGUGGUAUAAACCUUAAAUUUGAUGGAUCUAGUUGCACACCAACCAUGUCAUCAGCUGGAUCAUUUGUGUCAUCUUUGAGCCUGGAUGGUAGUGUUGCAAACUUGGAUGGGAAUUCCUUCCAUUUAAUUGGCAUGCCACACCUUUUUGGUCAUAUCUCUCAACAUUCAAGAAAGAGGUGUUCAGGUAAAGGACAAGAUGGUAGUAUGAAAUGCGGUACCUCUGGUAAAUGCCAUUGUCCAAAGAGGAGGAAACUCAGGAUCAAAAGGUCUAUUAAAGUGCCUGCUAUUAGUAACAAAGUUGCUGAUAUUCCCCCUGAUGAAUAUUCAUGGAGGAAAUACGGCCAAAAGCCAAUUAAAGGUUCUCCACACCCUAGGGGAUACUAUAAGUGUAGCAGUGUGAGAGGGUGCCCAGCAAGGAAGCAUGUUGAGAGAAGUUUGGAAGACCCUUCGAUGUUGAUCGUCACGUACGAAGGCGAGCAUAACCAUUCAAGGUUACUCUCAACACACCCUGCGCAUACAUGAAAAUGCCUUCUUUCAUCUUCAAAAAAACCAAACCUUCCAGUUGUUAAAAUCCGAAAAAACAAAAGCCGAUUUGCUUCUUAAAUGUGAAAUAGAUAGCUAUUGUACAUUGUUGAUCGGUUGCAUCGAUAAUGGAGCCGUAUUUGAGAAUCUGUAUUGGCCCUUAGUGAAAACACCGUCCAUACUACGAGUAGGGGAAGUGGGGUUAGUAUGCAUCAACAUACAUAUGGGGUUUCAAGCUAAAUUUCAGAUGGUAGAUUAAAAUGGUUCUUUUAAAUAGAGAGAGAGUAGGAAUUGUGAACUUUUUUGAACUUUGAAUUUGUGUAACCCUAUGUUUCAUCUUAAUGUUUUGGAUUUGUAAGGUUGAUUGUAUGUAUGAUUGGUGGUGACAUUGUAGAAGGAAAAGUACAAAGGUCAUCCAAAAUCAUGUAACAUGAAAUUCAGCAGUGCCAAAAGAACUAUGCUGCUAUGAAAUGAUUUCCUAAUAUUCCUAAGUUAUAUA